GUCCAACCGGUGUCGCGCAUUUUGCAGAAUCACCAUGGCGUCUGUGUUGAAAGAAACAGCAGGGCUUUAUGAAACAUUAAAAACUGAAUGGAAUAAGAAAAAUCCUAACUUGAAUAAGUGUGGUGAAAUCCUGAGUAAACUUAAGGUCUCUCUUUUGGAGUUGAAUUUCCUCCCGACCUCAGGGACUAAGCUCACCAAACAACAGCUCAUUCUUGCGCGAGAUGUCUUGGAGAUUGGAGCUUUGUGGAGUAUUCUGAAAAAGGAUAUCCCCUCCUUUGAGCGAUACAUGGCACAACUGAAGUGCUACUAUUUUGACUACAAGGAUGAAUUGCCAGAGUCAGCCUACAUGCACCAGCUACUGGGUCUGAACUUGCUCUUCUUGCUCUCUCAGAAUCGUGUAUCUGAGUUUCACACAGAGUUGGAGAGACUGAGUGCUAAAGACAUUCAGAGCAAUGUAUACAUCAGACAUCCUGUUUCUCUUGAGCAGUACUUGAUGGAGGGAAGUUACAAUAAGGUCUUUCUUGCCAAAGGAAAUAUCCCUGCAGAGAGUUAUACAUUCUUCAUUGACAUUCUGCUCGACACUAUCCGUGAUGAGAUAGCUGGCUGCAUAGAGAAGGCUUAUGAACAAAUCCAGUUCAACGAGGCCACAAGAGUACUGUUCUUCUCAUCACCUAAGAAGAUGACCGAGUACGCUAAGAAGAGGGGUUGGACUCAGAGUCCUGAUGGAUACUACUCUUUCAGCUCCCAGCAGCAAAAAACAGAGGAAGUGACUAUUCCAUCAACAGAAUUAGCCCAGCAGGUCAUUGAGUAUGCACGGCAGCUUGAAAUGAUUGUGUAAUUCAAAGUUGCAUGCAGACAUUCCCUCCUUAUGUGCACACACACCCAUACACAAAAGCUACACGUACAUGUAGGCAGAUGUACAGUCAAACUUGGACUUGCCUUUACCCUUUGGAGAUAAACAGACAUGGAUCCAACGGGCCGGAUAUGUAUACAUCAACAGAUAGCUAGUUUAUGCUGCAGUUCAAGGUCUGUAUUAAGGCUAAUUCACAUACUUUUCUUUUACACACUUGUGCCUGCCUGAGUGUGUUGCAGUAUUAAAUCUGUUAGUCUGUUUGAUUGUGUAUAUGUCCAUGUACUAGGUAAUAAAGUUUGUCACAGUAGCCCUUGAUUUUGAUCUUUGAUAGCCAACAUGCAUACUUAAAACAAGCCAAAUAACUCACAAAUCUUUGUAUUUCUUCCCAUGCAAAUAAUCACAAUAAAAUGUAAAAUCUGCAAUGGUAACAUGGGAAAUCAUGGAGAAGAAGCUUUUUUAAAGUGUCUCACACCACUUUAAACUUGUUCUGUUGCAGCCACUCUUACCAGGUGUGUGUUUAAUUGUGAUUACUUUCAUCUGGAAAUGCUUUUUGCAUUGCACAGGGCAGAUGCAUAUGAUUCACAUGAUUUUCAGGUUCAAACAUUACAAACACAACUCUUAAAACUUAUUUUCAGGUUUUGCUUGGGAGUGUUUGCAGAAUCACUCCAUUCCAAUGCCCUUGCCUUGUUUCCUAGCAACUGGCAUAGAUUUGCUGUGAAAGUUUGUUUUUUUUUCCCCCUUCUUUUUUGAAUUGAUAAAUUCUUAGUCCCUUUCAUGGGUUGUACAGCUAUUGAUCUGAGAAAUGCACAUUUUUAUUUCUUCAGUGGUCACAGGUUGUGUCAGUUCAUAAUAAAACUUUUUUUGUCCAAA